GGGCCUGAAGUUGAUGAAGAAGCCACUCAAGAAGACUUGGAAUACAAAUUGAAGGGAUUUAUUGAUCUUACAUUGGACAAGAGUGCAAAGACAAGACAAGCAGCUCUUGAAAGUCUGAAAAGUGCUUUUUCUUCUAAAAUACUCUAUGAAUUUGUCAUGGAAAGGAGAAUGACGUUAACUGAUAGCAUUGAACGCUGCAUAAAGAAAGGUAAGAGCGACGAACAGUGUGCAGCUGCCGGGCUGGCGUCUCUUCUGUGUGUGCAGAUGGGCUCAGGAAUUGAAAGUGAAGAGAUUUUUAAGACCCUUGGUCCAGUUCUGAAGAAGAUUGUCUGUGAUGGAACAGCCAGUGUCCAAGCCAGACAGGCUUGUGCAACCUGCUUAGGGAUUUGCUGUUUCAUUGUCACUGACGACAUUACGGAGCUGUACUCUACAAUGGAGUGCCUGGAAAAUAUCUUCACAAAGGCCUAUCAGCGAGAUAGGGACACUAAUGGUGUGUCGAGUACCCAUAAUACUGUGCUUCACAUCAGUGCUCUCUUAGCAUGGACACUGUUGUUGACCAUUUGUCCAAUGAAUGAAGUGAAGAAGAAAAUUGAAAUGCACUUGCAUAAACUUCCAAGUCUGCUGUCUUGUGAUGAUCUCAACAUGAGGAUAGCUGCUGGAGAAACACUAGCCCUUCUGUUUGAACUGGCACGUGAAACAGACGCUGAUUUCUUUUAUGAAGAUAUGGAACUUCUGACAGAGAAGCUGAGAGCUCUGGCUACUGACGGAAACAAGCACCGAGCCAAAGUAGAUAAAAGAAAGCAGAGGUCUGUCUUCAGAGAUGUUCUGCGAGCUGUUGAGUCAAAUGACUUUCUUCGGAAUGUGUUUGAGCUUGGCCCACCAGUAAUGCUAGAUGCUGCAACUCUUAAAACGAUGAAGAUAUCCCGUUUUGAAAGGCACUUGUACAACUCUGCAGCAUUCAAGGCUCGGACAAAGGCUAGAAGUAAAUGUCGUGAUAAAAGAGCAGACGUGGGGGAAUUUUUCUAGAUCUCCUUUUCCAUGGGGUUCAGUUUUGAUAAUUAAAAUAGAUUUGUAACCUU